AUGAAGCAAACGCACAUCGUUGUCGACGGCCUCUCCGCGCUGCGCCCCGAGCAGAAGUUCGAGGUCCACGGCAUGCAGACGCUCGGCGACAAGGACCAGAUCACGGCGCUGUACAACUUUGGCGGCAAGGGCCUGUGGACCAACGAGCUCGAGGCCAAGCUCAUGGCGAAGGAGAUCGACAUCAUCGUCCACUCGCUCAAGGACAUGCCCACCACCCUCCCCGACGGCUGCGUCCUCGGCUGCGUCACCAAGCGCGAGGACCCGCGCGACGUCGUCGUCUUCAAGGCCGGCCUCGCCGAGAAGCACGGCUGGAAGUCCAUCGCCGACCUCCCCGACGGCAGCGUCGUCGGCACCAGCAGCAUCCGCCGCAUCGCCCAGCUGAAGCGCCGCUACCCGGGCCUCAAGUUCGCCGACGUGCGCGGCAACAUCGAGACCCGCCUGCGCAAGUGCGACGACCCCGAGGGCCCCUUCUCCGCCAUCAUCCUCGCGGCCGCGGGCCUGCUGCGCAUGGACUACGGCGCGCGCAUCUCGCAGUACCUCGAGUCGGAGAGCGGCGGCAUCCUGCACGCCGUCGGACAGGGCGCCAUCGGCGUCGAGGCGCGGUCGGACGACGAGCGGGUGCUGAAGCUGCUGAAGGAGUAUGAGGACCGGACGACCAUGCUGGCGUGCGUGGCAGAGCGCAGCGUCAUGCGCACGCUCGAGGGAGGGUGCAGUGUGCCGAUUGGCGUGGAGACGAGCUGGGUGGAGGCCGAGGGAGGGGCCAAGAAGCUGCGGGUGAAGGCGACGGUGGUGCACGUCGACGGCCAGCAGGGGGUGGACGCGGAGCGGACCGAGACGAUCGAGACGGCCGAGGAGGCGGAUGACUUUGGCAAGCUUGUGGCACAGGACCUGGUGGACAGAGGCGCACAAAAGAUCCUUGACGAGAUCAACGCGAUGAAGCCGGAUGCGCAGCCGACGACGACGACAACUGCCGCCCCCGCUACUUAA